UCGCGAUCAAAUCUAUACGCAGCCAUGAGUGCCGGCGAGUUAGCAUGCAUCUACUCCAUCUUGAUGCUCCACAAUGACGGAAUCGCAAUCACCGCGGAGAAGAUUAACACUAUCUUGAAGGCUGCUGGCGUCACUGUCGAAUCAUACUGGCCAAGCUUAUUCGCCAAACUUGCUCAGAAUAAGAGCAUUGACGAUCUCGUUUUGAACGUUGGCGCUGCCGGUGGUGCCGCUGUUGCCGUAUCUGCUCUUGCCGCUGCUGCUGCUGGUGGAGCCGCUGCAGCUGCCGCAGCUGCCGCCGAGGCCAAGAAGGAAGAGGCAAAGGAAGAAAGUGACGAUGACAUGGGCUUUAGUUUGUUUGAUUAGGUUUUUCUUUUUAGUUUGUCAAUCCAGACUUGUACUCCUUUCCAGGAGUGUUUUCUGGAGACACUUGUUUUGUUUUAUAAAUUGUUUAUCUAAGUGAGUCUUAGCA